UUUAACUCGACAGUUCCUAUCACAACCGUCUCCGGUCGUAUUGUUUCAACGCUCUCAUCCUCGUGUGACCUUAAACCGCGUUAAAAGAUUCCAGUUAAAAAUGUCAGAAAUUCUCUCGGUGGAUUACCUCAUUGGGUGAAAGGAGACAUCGGGCAAUAAUAUUGCAGAAAUCAUUUUGUAAUAUUGUUACUAUCGAUAGUGAAAUGAAAUCAGUAUUAUGGAUAAUCAUAAAAAAUGUUGUGAUACUCAUGGGGCACCCAAAAAUGACAUGGACAAUCCUGCACAUUUGAACGGUUCAAGAUCAUCAGGCGUAGAUUUACCAGCAACCGAGCUCGGAGAAGUGAGAAUGUCCCUGCCGACACCUGCAGCAUCAUCCUCAAGGCAUGUUGGAGGUGGAUCUUGUCAUAAUGGUCCAUGCAAAACGCCGAUGGGUCUUCAGCACAAGCCUGAGAGCCCCUGGCACUCACUGAAGACUGUCUUCUUGGUGUCGUGCAUCGUCGCACUCAUCAUUUGGAUUAUUGUCUACACUCUGCUAUCCCAGUAUGAAUUACUGUGAUGAUUGGUAACUGGGAGGGGGGGGGAUAAAUAGCUUCGUACCGCAGUGUGUUGUGUGUGGGAACUGUUUCGAGACUUUCAAGGUGUUGAUCUAGUCCCGUUGUGUGAGAAAUUAAAAAGAGGAAGGACGAUUUUGGAUGAAACUCUGGAUAUUGAGAGUCGGCUGGUGAAACUGGACUACAGAGAAAUGGAGUCAUGAAGUGGAAAUAACAACUCUACGGUUAAAGAGAUGCAUAGGAGCAAUAACAUAAUUUAACCGAGAAUUGUAAAUACUGUUACGAGAUAUGUAAAUAUUUAUACUUGUACUCUUACAAAGAGAGUGUAAUCAUUGUUCUAUUUUUUGAUAUUCUAAUUCCUGUUGCUAAUAGUUUUCUUCAUAUUAUAUUUAAAAAUAUCAUUCCUUUGACCACAGUAGUAUAAAAACAAUUGCUAAUUUAACUCAUCUCAUUUGAUUGUGACAUUUACCAUGUAUCAUGGUUGGGUGCAUUAAUCUGAGAAAUCAAUACAAUAAUUAAUUAGAAUUUAAGAGAUUUUGUAUAGGGUGAGAGAAUUCCGCAAUUGCAGAGCAAUAAAACCGGUAUGUUUCUCUCAAUUUGAUGAAAUAUUAAGAUGUAAGAUAGACAAAUGCGAAUAAAAGUUAAUUUCACAAUGAA